GGCCGCGGCGCGAGUUCAGCGUGUGCGGCACACAAACAGGGACGGUUUGUUUUAACGGCACCGGACGUGUUUCUGUUUUGUUUUAGUUUAGUUUUUAAUUCGCUCAGCCGACGUCGUCAGUUGUUUUUUUUUACUCGACAGUUGACUGAAGGAGGCGAACUGUCAGCUGACACCAACAACAACAACAACAACAACCUGUUUCACCCUAUUUAAAAAGGGGGGGUGAAACUUUUUCAUUCUUUUUUUUAAAGCAACGUUAUUUAGUUAGUUGACUGCGUCCAUCAGGCGUCCCCCCUCCUUCCUCCCCUCACUCCCUCCUGCUCCCCUCUCGCGUCGUCAUGGAGACACGCGGCCGUCACUCAGCAACGCAGGAGUAUCCGCAUCCGUUCAUCCACGAGGUGAAGAUGACCAGCGCGCAGAGGAUCAGGGGCGUCAUCCUGGGCAGCGUCCUCUUCCCCGUCCGCGUCGCCAUGGCGGCCCUCUGCUUCCUCUUCAUGUGGCCCGUCGCCCGGCUCCGAUUCGCCGGCCUGUCCGAGGAGGAGCGCUCUCGGCCCGUCCAGGGGUGGAGGCGCUGGCUCCUCCACCCGAUCAUGCUGGGGCUGAGCCGGCUGGCCUUCUUCUUCCUGGGUUUCCUGUGGGUGAGGGUGAAAGGUCGCCGGGCCGAGCUGAAGGAGGCGCCGGUGCUGGUGGUGGCGCCUCACAGCAGCUUCAUGGACAUGGUGUCCCUCAUGCCGACCCAGCUGGCGACGGUGGUGUCGCGGUCGGAGAACACCAGCCUGCCGGUCGUAGGAGCCCUGCUGGAGUUCAACCAAGCCGUGCUGGUGAGCAGGAAGGACCCGGAGUCCAGGAGGAGGGCCGUGGCUCAGGUCACCGAGAGGCUGACCUCCGACGGCUACUGGCCUCAGAUGCUGAUGUUUCCCGAGGGGACCACGACCAACGGCAGCGCGCUCAUCAAGUUCAAACCCGGUGCCUUCCUCGCGGGACUCCCGGUCCAACCUGUUCUGUUGCGCUACCCCAACAAGCUGGACACCGUUCGCUGGACGUACAAAGGAACCAGCUGGGUCGAGGCGCUGUGGCACACGACUUCUCAGCUCUACACCAACGUAACCGUCGAGUUCCUCCCCGUCUACAGCCCCUCCCCGGAGGAGAGGAAGGACCCCAGCCUGUACGCCGACAACGUUCAGAGGCUCAUGGCCAAGGCUCUCGGACUCCCGGCCAGUGAUCACGUGAUGGAGGGCCGAGUUCCUGUCAAAAAGCUGGGGGGUCUGUCCCUCCCGCUGGAGUCCCCGGCCAGGAAAACACUCAAGCUGCUGCGCACAAACAAUCUGGGAGCGCAGGAAGUGGAAGCAGCUCUGGACCGGAUGAUUGACAGGUGCCAGUCGGGAGGCCAGGGGUCAAAGGUCAGCUCGGAGGAGCUCUCCUCCAUCCUCGGGCUGACGGAUAAACAGACGGCCGCCGCAAUCUGUGACAUUUAUUCCAAGGGUGACAUUGUGGACAUCCGGCCGAUCUACUUCACGCUCGGCGCUCUGUCGGGAUGCGUCGGCUUCGCGUCGAUACUCCACACGGCGUUCACCCUGUUUGACGCAGAGGGCCGAGGCAGCCUGAGUGCGGAGGAGCUGUCCGACCUGAUGGGGGCGCUGCUGGAUUUCCCCCAGCGGCACACCGCCGAGCUCUACGCGCAGGCCUCGGCCGGCGGCCGGCUCACCGAAGAGAAUCUGCUGCGGGCGCUGACGACCCACCCGGCCUAUCGGAGGGUGGCGAGCGAGUACAUGAAGGCCGAGGAGCCGGCCGAUGGGAAGGCCGUGAACAACAACAGCAACGCGUACGACGGCGGCGGAUCUCGACGAGACAACAAAAAGCUUGAUUGAGGAAAGAAAAUUUGAUUUUGCCGCAGGAGGUCAAGUCAAAUUUUGCUUGAUGCGCUGUGCAUCCGUGAGGGAAGCGACAAGCGAAAGGUCGUAUCUCUGUGUGUUUGUGUGGGUGGAUGGAUUUUAAAAAAUUACAACAUUAGAGAAGCGAAGAAGGUGUUAAGUUAUGACGACGUGGCUCUGAGGUGUGAAUGUGUUUGUCCUGUAUUUGAAGACGAAUGUUUUUUAAGUGCCCCCAACAAAGCUGGAUUGUUUGUUCCAGAUGCUUUUAAAAGACUCCAUUACCUUUUUACGGAGAAAGUCUUUUUUAUAUAAUUCCAGCUUUUGUGUGUUGAAUUAUUUUUAUCGACGGGACAAUUGUACGUGCAAAAGGAAACUGUAUAUCAAAGCCUUUAUUUUACAUAAAAUAAUUCUUACGUUGUGUUUACAUUCAACAAUGCAUUAAACUGUGAACUGUUCUAA